CCUCCUCCCACUCUCCUUCCCGGCCCCUCCCCCACCGAGCAGCGGGCAGUGCCGCGGCGGCACCUGGGUAAGGGAUGCACCUCCAUAGCCCUUUUGGGUUUCUCCGUUCCGAUUGCAGACUCCGGGCGUGAGCCGCUCCGCGGAGGCUUGCAAGCUGCCAGCACCCGUCGCGAGACAGAUAGCCACCAUGGAUACUGCUAGCCACAGCCUCGUCCUCCUGCAGCAGUUGAAUAUGCAAAGGGAAUUUGGUUUUCUCUGUGAUUGCACAGUUGCCAUUGGAGAUGUUUACUUCAAAGCCCAUCGAGCCGUGCUUGCUGCUUUUUCUAACUAUUUCAAAAUGAUAUUUAUUCACCAAACUAGCGAAUGCAUAAAAAUACAGCCAACUGACAUCCAACCUGAUAUAUUCAGCUAUUUGUUACACAUUAUGUACACUGGGAAAGGGCCAAAGCAAACCGUGGAUCAUGGCCGUUUGGAAGAAGGGAUUCGAUUUCUUCAUGCAGACUACCUUUCUCACAUUGCCACGGAAAUGAACCAAGUAUUUUCUCCAGAGACUGUGCAGUCUUCAAAUUUGUAUGGAAUUCAGAUCUCAACCACGCAAAAAACCACAGCCAAGGAAGGGCUGGAGAUGAAAGAAAAUCCUUCCAAUAGCAGUGGAAACAGAAGUGUUGCCCAGGGUGACCACCCACAGUUACAACUCUCUCUUGCUAUUGGGCUGGAUGAUGGUACUCCAGACCAGCAGAUAUCCCAUUCUUCUUCCCAGUCAAUGGAGGAGCUCCAGAAACCUCCAGUGUCUAUCAAGCAAGAAAGGUGUGACCCUGAAUCUGUUGUCUCUCAGAGCCACCCCUCACCUUCUUCAGAGGUGACAGGUCCAACUUUCACUGAAAGUGGCAUCAAAAUUCACUUGUGCCAUUACUGUGGGGAACGCUUCGAUUCGCGUAGUAACUUACGCGAACAUCUCCACACUCACGUGUCUGGGUCUCUUCCCUUUGGUGUCCCAGCCUCCAUCCUGGAAAGCAAUGACCUUGGGGAAGUACAUCCGAUCAGUGAAAGCAGUGAGGCUCUCGAGUGCCACCGGCUCAACACCUUCCUCGUCAAAGAAAAUGAGCAGCAGCCUGAUCACCUCAACCGUGGCACCAUCGAACCCUUACAGAUCAGUCAGCUGUCUCUCAUCUCCAAAGACACAGAACCAGUGGAGUUGAACUGUAAUUUUUCUUUCUCGAGAAAAAGAAAAAUCAACUGUACUAUCUGUGGUCAUAAGUUUCUCCGGAAGAGCCAGUUGCUGGAACACAUGUACACACAUCAAGGUAAACCUUAUAAAUACAGCCGAUGUCCAGGUUUGGGUAAUACAGUGGUCCAGAGAUUUCAGCCAUAUUGUGACAGCUGGUCUGAGGGCCCUCUGAAAAGUUCUAGCUUGUCCCAAGACCACUUAGACUCAUCAUGUACUCUAGAGUCUGAUCUCACACAAGAAAAUGUGGACACCAUCCUAGUAGAGUAGCUAUUUUUCCUCUACAACAGCAUUGUUGGUUUUGAAGACAAGGGAAAAAUUAUAUAGUUUUUAUUUGCAAUCCCAAACCCCUGCAUCCCCCUUUUAGUCUUACUGGAUUGUUUACCCUGUCAUCCAAGAUUUUAAAAGCCAACAGAUUUCACUUCCAAAGUGGAAAGAUUAAUUUGAAAUCACUAUUGCCCUUGAUAACAAUACAACAAUGAAAUGACUUUAUUAAAAGGCAAACUUUCCAUUAAUUAAUUAGUUCUUUAGAAGUUGGCUAAAACAGUCAAGCAGAAUUCAGGAAUUUGUUUAUAGACAGAUGGUCAAUUAAAUUAUUCCAGAAUGUGAAAUUUUUUAAAUUGCCCUAUGGAAUUUGAAGUAGAUCAGUUCUGUUAUAAAUGGAUAUUCCAGAACCUUACUAUUGAUUAAUAUCUCACAUAAAUCACAACCCUACAAAGAAUAUUCCAUAAUGUUUUUAUUAUAUAGAAAAUAAGUGAUUAUUAAACACACUAAAGAUAAAAUAUCAGAAUUGGGUACUGCAGCAUAACCUUCAUUUGUCAUGAAUAUGGUUUUACAUAUUACAUACUUUUGAAAACUCCCAAUCUUGAAACAUAAUGAUCUGAAUUAUAAAGAUUAAAGCAUAAUAAAUGUGAAUCAUCUUUCCCUUAGUCUCAGAAUAAUAACCUACCCAACAAAGAUAAUUUUAAUUUCUAAAAAUGGUUUUUCAGUUUAUUGUUUAUUUUAGCCAACUAUCCCAACAUGGAGGAAUUAAAUUCAGUAUUCCAGGACUGUGUCUAAAACCCAUGGUUUUAAUAACCUUCCCAUUUUUAAGUUUAAUGUGACUCCCAUUUCUAAUGGUGCUCUUUCCAAGAUUGAGACAGAAGGGGAUUUUUCCUUCUGCUGUUCUGACGGGCCUCAUAGACUUCAGUUUUUCGAAUACCAAAGCAUAGAGUCUAGUUAACUUAUUUAUUCUAUUUUAAAUUAUGUUAAAACACUCAGAAUUCCAAAACGACAGACUUUUUUUGGGUACUGACACGAGUAAAACUGAAAUAUAAGAAAAUAAUAGAUUUGUUUAAGCUUGUUUAGUGUUGUUUCCUGAGUGUACCGUGACACUUGCCUCCCUUUCAGUAAGGAGUCAGUUGAGAAAACCAGUACUGACAGAUGAUUUUGGAGGGAAAGUAUUUAAGUUUAAGGGAAUAAACUUUUCCUGAAUGUUGACUAAAAGAAGGCAAGGGUCCACUGAGCUUUCUGGCAAAAAGCCCUUUCUGGGUUCAGAGUUGAUACACACAGGAAACCAUAACCUAGUGUCUCUUGCUGGACAAUGUUUGUGGGUAGGAUUGCUAUUUGGGGUAUUAAACAAAAUAAUUUAAUCGUUGACUUUAUUCUUUCGUUAUAAUUAAGCCUCUAGCCACAACUGGAUGCAUUUGGCCACAAGUAUAUUCAUAAUUUAUUUUAAAAGAAUUCAUACUUAAAUUAAAAUGUAGUUAUGCUUCCCUUUAAGCAUAUAGUUUUCCUGUUUUUCUCACUUUAUUUCUUUAAUUCUUCCUCCUGUCAUUGAUGUAGGUCACUGAAUAGGAAGUAGAUAGUUAAGCAGUGGGCAUUAGGUAUAUCCAUCUUAGGGGGCGUAGAGCCGUGGGAAGGAAGAAUGAGGACGUAUGGGGAGGGUUGCCAGAUACCUAGCCUUGCCCCCAAGAAAUCUCAGAUUGAAGAACACUGAUUUAAAGAUGUUUAUUCUGAUUUGUUUGGACAGUUUUAAGAAAAAUAUUGAUUGACUAAAAUGCAAAAUAAGUAUAUAUGUAUUUUUAUUUCUAUAGCUCCUUUCUAUAUUAGGAAGUUAUGAAGUUCAUGUAAAAUGGUCUUUCCUUAAUCUUCAUGCUAUCUCUCUGUUUUAGGAAGUGGAAAAGCACUACUAACUCCAUUUUACAGAAAAAACCCCAAAACCUGAAUCCCAGAGGUCAAGUGGUGGUGGUAUGGGGACUGAACCCAACCUUCAUUUGUUCAUUUAUUCAUACAUGCUUACAUGCAUUCAUUUGUUCAUUUGUUUAGCGAAAAUUUGCUAAAGCACCUUCCGUGUGCCUAACACUGUGUUCUCAAUCUGGUGUUAUUUUAAUAGACACAAAGACUGACAAAGAAAGACUUUUUAAAAAAAAUUAGCAAAAUAAUUUGCAAUUUCAUUUUGUCUUCUUCAACAUAGGGGUACAGUAUCAACCUACUUCACAAGGGAUGUAGUGUGAAUCAUUUCAGUCAUAGUUUGGAGUUCUUCAAAAUACAUAGUGCUACAUAUUGGCCUGUAAUUCAUUGGUAUAAGAAACUCCACUGAAUUCAGAUCAGCAACUUAUCUAUGACUUAGAGUGUUUGAGAAUUGCCCAUGGUCAUAGACAAUCAGUGUCAGAGACCGAGUUUGAACGCUGAUCUGUCUAACUCCAAGGCUUUCUGACUCUCCAUUCUACCCUCUGGCAAUAAGCAUUAUCACAUUAUCAAACAGAUACAAUACACAGAUGUCCCUUAUGAAUCAUCUUUAGAAAUCUCCCCUGUCACUUUCCAGACCUUAAAUAUAGUGGGUUCCUUGUCUUGCAUUUACCAUCUGUUAGCUCAGAUGUGACAGCUGUGAACCCAAGCAGAUUCCAGAAAAUGCUAUACUUUUCAAAGAUGUUGGUUGUGAUGUAACAGUAUGUUUUUUAAUCAGGUAAGACAGUGUCUGAUUGUUGUUGUGGAUUUUGUCAGUAUUCAGAGAAAGUUAAUUUCAGUCUGCCUUACAAGGAGACCAAGAACUUUCUGAUUUAUAGUUGUCCAGAUUAUUAUUAUUUCUUGCUCUGAUCUUCUGUUUUCCUGUAGGGAAAUGCCUAUUUCAGAGUAGUGUUGUGAGGAUUCAUGUGUGAAACUGUCAAAGUGCUCAGUCUUGUUGGUCCCACGUGCAGGAGACUUUUUCUGUUGUUGCUUUCCUCUAUUCUUUAGAUAAACAUGGAACUUCAGUAUUUCAGGCCAUUCAUGCUAGAAUGCCUUAGAAACAUGGAAAUUCUCUAGCCUUCAGCUUAUCAGGUAUCAGUGUUGAGGAGUUAAUGCCUAAAAUCUGAGACGUAGGAUAUUAUACCAUAUGAUGAAUUUGAACUUUAAAUAUGUGUGCUAGCAUCACUAAAAGCCAGCCAAUUUCAUUUUCAUACCCUGUGAAAACACAGUGAACAAUGAGGGAAAAGCCCUCUAUUUCCUAGGUAAUACAAACAGUAGAAAAGGAAAAAAAGGAUAUUGAAAUGUAUCAGUUCGUUAUCCUUUUCUAACCAUGCUAUUGGAAGCAAGACCUCAAAGUUAAAGGAAAUAAAUAAUAGUCUUGGGAUGGUACAGUUUCAGUAAAGCCUUUGCUUAAGCAAGUUCUUGAUAUUGAAACUAAAGACCGAGUGUUAUUUUUGGUAGUAAUUUAGAUGAAAAUAAAAUAAAGGCUGUGUGAAGAAUACAAAACCCCCACUUAGUUUAGUCAUUGCGUCUUUGUAUGUUUUAAACUGUAAAUGUAGCUGGAAAGUCUUUUCUUAUGACUGUUGACUUUAAAAUUUUUCAUACCAAAAUCCAUAAAUUGUUCUGUGAUAGAAAUCUGUGUUUGUACAGUUGUACUUGAAAGGGAAAUUGCGGUGAGGUUAUCAACCUUCCUCCCCAAUCCACCUCUCCCAAGAUGGAAUCUUUUAACUGCCAGAAAAGACAAGCCGGUGAUUUUUCAAGGCUCAGAAGAGCCAAUCCAUUGUGCUUGACUCAGGAUGUGUCUGUGACACACCUUGCACACCUAAGGCUGAUGCUCAUCCAGCUACAUUUUUUCCUAUUACUGACUCAUCUCUAUUGUGGGCCUGCUGUUUUGUCAGGUAGAUAAAAUAUCAACUGGAAGCAUCUAAAAAAUACUCGGAUUACAAAACUUAAAAAGUUUAAAAAAAAAUAAAGCCCCCAUAAAAGAACUUUCAAGGGACAGGUAAUGCACAGAAAAUAGAGCAGACCAAUGACAGUUUUAAAUACACUGUAUUAUUGCAUGACAAAGUUAUGCAGUUCAAUUUAUAAUGAAUUUAAAAUGUUUAAAAGACCUGUUCCUUUAAAAAUAAAACUCAUUGUCAUAUUUUGAUUGCAAUGGAAACAAUUGCAUUUUCAUGUAUUUUAUCAAGAAAAAAUAAAUUUCUGUGACAGCUUAAAAUACUGUUUGAUUGUGCUUGCUUCCAUAAACAUUCAAUUUGUGAAACAUGUUCGGGGAACAGAUGGAUUGCGCUAAGUCAUUAAAAGUGUUUUUUAUUUUUUAAAUAUUCAGCUUAUUUAAGUAUACCUCAAUAUGCUGAAGUGAAAAGAUUAGGCAGGUGGUUUGUUUGCAUUUACUCAUUGACAUUGUUUGUAUAUCAGCUCUGAAAUGAAGUUGUUGGGCUCUCACCGGUAGCCCCCUUCUUUUAUGUAAAUUGAUAAAUACUUGUAAUCCCAGUAGAGACAAAGUUGUGGUUUUUUAAAUAAUAUUCCAUAUUCUUUAUGACCCACAUGAAGUUAUAUGAGAUCAGUUUUUCAUUCUCACAACAGCUCUCCCUUCUCCUUCUCCUUGGUUGCUUCC